CUCCCUUUACGUUCACAAUGGCAACUCCACAAAGAAAUGCAGAAAACUUCUUGAAGAUGGAGGGCGACGUGACUGAGCCUAUGGAAUGUUUUCAGAAGUCACUGGCAAAACUCAGCUGCUUUUCUUUGGAUGAGACAACAGAAACUGGAAUGCUGCGGUCCAGGAUUGAUGAACAAUCAGGGCUGAUAUGCAUGUUGAAACAGAGAGCAGAUGAACUCCUUCUACGAUGUGAAGCCCUUCAGAAAAUCAAUACAGAGCUGGAGAGCUGCAUGAAAGACUGCGAGACAGAGCUGGACAGUGAAAGAAAGAAAGCAGAUCAAAUGGAGAAGAGAUUUAAGGAUUUAGCCAGCAACAAUCAAGCGAUUAUAGCAUUCAUGACGGAGUACAAAAAUCAAAAUGGCCUUUUAAAGCUGGAAAACAAAGAGCUGCAGACUGAAAAUGAAACACUUUUCUCUAAAAAGUUAGAGGAUAAAGAAGUGUUAGUUCAAAAACUGACACAAGAAAUCAAGCAACUAACCGAGACCUUCACAAAGAAAGAAAAUGGAUAUCGGGAGAAACUAUCAGAGUGCCAGUUAAAACUCAAGGAGCAAGCAACUCAGCAUCAAACAAAGGAAGCAUCGCUACUAGAUGAGCUGAAAGAUGUUCAGAAACAGCAAAGAGAUGCUGUCGGGUUGUGCAAAGACCUUCAGAUGAAGUUACAAAAGGUUGGAGAGGAGCAUGCUUUAAAGGAAACUGACAUGCAAGAAAGCAUAAGAAGCGUCACCAGAGCGAAGGACAAAUUGCUGCAGCUGUCUUUUGAGAGAGGGACACUGAUACAGGAGAAACAAGAGGUGAUCCUGCAGAUUGAGAAGAAAUUGAAAGACGAAAAAAAAGCCAGGGCAAAAGCAGAGGACAGAUUUCAAAAGGAGGCAGAAGCUGUCAAUGCAGAUUUAAGAGUGACGUCUCUCCAGUCUGCUCUGGAUGAAGCCACAGCUAAAUAUCGGCAGUUCAAACUGGACUUUGAUGCCUACAAAGAGCACAGCAGCAGCCUUCUCUUACAAGAGAGGGAGCUGAAUAAGAAACUUCGACACAUGAUGGGAUAAAUUUUAACUUGUGUGAGUCGUG